AGUAGCAAAUACACAGUCAGAUGACCAUCGUGUAAACCUGAUGGACACAUGGUCAAGUAGUGAGUUGCAGCAGAUGGUGAAUGCUUUCCAUGAUACAUUUAUGAAAUGGGGUAUGAGGAUCAACACUGACAAAACUAAAAUCCUGAGUAUUGGUGCUGAAGAAGCAAACAUCUCGAUUGCUGGUCGUGUUCUAGAGAAUGUUUCUGAAUUCUGCUAUUUGGGCAGCAUUGUGACUAAGUCAGGGGAUUGUCACUUAGAGGUUGUUGAACGUAUUCAGAAAGCUAGCAGGACAUUCUGUUCUUGGAAAUGUAGAGUGUUCACAAGCCGAGGAUUUAGCAAGAACACAAAACUGAGAGUCUUUAGGUCACUAGUGAUGCCAGUUUUACUAUAUGGUUGUGAGACUUGGGCAAUCACUCAAGUAGAUAUUCGAAGACUGAACACUUUUCAUAUGCGCUGUAUUAGAUCUAUCUUGGGUGUAUCAAGACUGAACAAGAUAAGAAAUUCCUUCAAUUUGAAAUCUGCCAAGGAAGAACCAAUUGAAUGUCAAAUUCAACAUCAAAGAUUGCAGUGGCUUGGUUAUUUACAACGGAUGAACGUCUCUCGUCCACAAAAGUUGUUGCUAAGAAGCAAGUUGCAUAAUGUGAAAUGCCCUCAGCAUGGUCCAAAGAACAGGUGGAUUGAUACCAUUCAACGAGACCUGGUGUCAUUGAAUAUUGACCCGUCACAAGCCAAUGACCGCUCUUCUUGGCGAAAACUUCUGCAAUGCCGAAGUCCAUAGUGGGUAUGGCGGAAUUCCAAUUCCAGGUGUGUGUGUGUGUGUGUGUGUGUGU